CUGAGUCUGAGUCCGAGAACUAACAAUUUUUGCUAGUCAGCAGCUUGCGGGCCAACAUUUCAGGCAUUCUUACUAUCGCGCAAUAAUCGAGUUAUCACAAGAAGAGGCAGUAGCACUUGGUAGUGGAUUUGCGCUGCGGAAAGCAGUUCCCAGACAUUCUUGUUCUAGUCAUUCGUGGCCUGCAACUACUUAGACGUCCUAGCUUAAUUCACAUUUUACUGUGUUGACUGCACUUGUGGGAGCUCGUUCGGGCGCCCGAUGUUGCGGAGGACUGCACCUGCGGCGCGGCCAUAGCGGCAGACGCUCUGGCGGCGUCUGCGCCAGCGGCCCCACCCCUGCUUCCUCACGCGCCGACCCCCAGACGCGACGCCGGCGAUUUCUGGCGCACCGAAGCCAUUGGCGUUGGCGAUGGCGUUUUGGAUGGGGGUGGGGCAGCUGCUGACUUCCCGCAGCAAAGGCGAACCACAGCCGCCGCUGCCGUGCACAGAGGUCGAGGCGUCAGGGCCACUGUUGGGGCUGGGGGUUUUAGGGCAGCGCCACGAUGGACACCUGCUGAUAUUCGGUGACGAAGUGGAUGAUGCGUUCGCAAUUGGGCCUGACGAGGGCGGUUUUAGAGUUCUGGUCAGCGGCGACAUGUGCUACGGACACGGUGGCUCCAUGUCAGCUGCCGGGACGGCGAAGGGCGGCAUUGGCGAGCCGGGCACCUGUGAGGCCGGGCGGGCCUGGUCGCUUUGCGGCGACUGCGGCGGCGUCCGCAUGCAGUCGGGCUGCGGCUGUGGGUGCGGCUGCAGCGGCUGCAGCUGCAACCGGCGGCACCGGGAGCGGCGGAACGGGAUGCUGUCGCUGCGGCAGCGCAGGAAGGGCGUGCUGAGCUUACGGCUUCGCCGCAACGGCAUGAUGGAGACAGAGAGCGGUGCCAGUCCCGCCGCAGGCACAGGCGCGGGCGCCGGAGGCAGCGGCGGGCUGGGGGCAUCAGGCGUGGUGACGGUCCGCACCUGGGGCGGAGACGGCUGCCCGGCGACAGCGGCCUCAGCGCCCACCUCGCCAGCGGGCGGUGACGGCUCCCUACAUCCAGGCAACCCGCUGGGGGCCGGCUAUCCGGGUGCUGGCAGCCAGCUUCGGCCUGCUACCGCCACCUCUAUUGCCACGCCGCCUGCAGCUGCCUCGGCCCGGUGCUGUUGCUCUUGCGGUGGCUGCUGCUGCGCCUCUGGCGCCGGCACGCCGGAGCCAGCUUACAGCCUUGGAGCGCCUGCAUCCGCAGGCGACCGGCGUCUGCCCUCGCUGACGCCGCCGCACACGCACAUGCGCGCAACGAGCGCCGGGAUACGUGGCAUGGCAGAUGAGGUGUCGGCAAGGUUCCGAGUGAUGAACAGAUCAACCAGCUGCACGCCUAGGCACGCACAUUCCUACCGGCCCUGCACCUGCCGGCGGUGGGAGGCGCAACCGGGCGCGCCGCAGGCUGGGGCCAGCGGAGACGCGGAGCAAGGGGCGACGCGCGCAGCUGCAAUGCCACCUGUGGUGGCUGUUGGUGGUCAUUCUGAGGCAGGGUGGCUGCCAGCGACCCCCUUAGCUGGCACGGCUGCAGAAGGCGGCGUGGUUGCGGGUGGCUGCAGUGGCAGCAGCAUUGGAGCCGUGGGGACAGCAGCGCGCCCGGCAGUCGCCGAGGCGGCUUACAACAGUGAUGAGGAGUCAUCGGGUCUGGGCAGCGUCCCCAGCCUCCGGUUAGGGGUGGGGCCGGGACCCCAGGCCAUGCAGGCGACGGCGGAUAUCCAUGGGGUAUCUGGCACGGCACAUGCGGUAGCGGGCAGCAGCGGGCUGGGCCUAACCGCGGCCUCCGUGCUCAGACCGCCCUCGUCACCACAGCUGCAAUACCAGCCCGUGCGGCCGCAGCAGCCGCAGCCGCAGCACCAGCACCAGUCACCCGCGUACCGCCGCAUCAGCAGCGGUCUGUUGCCCGCUGGCCACGCGGGUCCUGACGGGGCUCGAUCCGCAGUGGCAGCGUCCGUGGUAGCCAGGGAAUCAGGGGCGGCCUCUGCCGCCCCUGCGGCAGCAACGGGGACACGCUUCAGCGCGGAGGCGGGCUCACCUGCGGCGGCGCUGCUUGUGCCGCCGCUAACAUCGCGGCGCCAAUAUGGCGGCCUCGAUAGCGGCUCCGGCGGCUGCGGCGACAGCGAAGAGCUGGCUAGCUCUGGCUCUAGGCCUGCGUCCGCCGCCGUGCGCAGCUACGAGGGACUUUCGUUGCAGCCACUGCGGCCCCAGUCGCCGCAGCCGCCGCAGCCCCAGCAGUGGGGCCCUGGCGCUGAGGGUGGUGUGCUUGAGCGCCCGGUGCCCCGCAGGGCAACGAGCCUCAAGGCGCUCUUGAAUGGGGCACCGGACCUGCGCCCUGGAUCUGUGCCGCCUGCAGAAGAAGCCAGACUGCAGGCUCCCGGCCAGCAUGCCUCGACGUCACAGCAGCACGCCAACUACGCUGGCUCACAGCCGCAGCCGCAGCAAAUGCACCGGACACUCCAGCCACAGGGACACAGCUACGGUGGCAGCGCCUUCUCCCUCUCACGUGAGUUAGUUCCAGCCAGCUCCACAGCUGCGGCAGCUGGCCGGGGGCACGGGGGGCGGCAGGGGCCCGCCGGCUCACCCGCUGGCCGGCAACCAAGUGCCAGCAACAGCAGCAGCACUAUCACAGUCCUGAGCACCCAGCCGCAGAUGCAACGCAGUGCUAGCUCGCUCGCGGCGUUGGGACCGGGCAGCGGGCGGCAGCAGUCCCUGCCGAACCCCGAGCCGCUGAGCUCACCUCCGGGCCACCAACAUCCGCGGCCGCCGCAGCGGAUCAGCGGCGGAACUGCCCAGGACGGCGUGCUUCUGCUGCCGCCUCUGGGCACCGCGGCCGCACAGCACCAUGCAGCGGCGGCGGGGUGCAAUACAGGUGACUCAGCCGGCGGUAAUUCCGCAGUGGUGUUGGCGGUGCGCGGUGCAUGGGCGGUGGCACAGCAGCCGUUGUCGGGGCCGGCGGCUGCCGUUGGCAGUGGGCGCACCCGGCGUGCCUCGACGCUUUCGCUUGCGACGCCUGUGCUGUCAGAUGUUGAGGAUGGCAGUGAGGAGGGGGAGAUGGGUGCCGGGGAAGGCGCCGCCAGUCCGGCGACGCGGCUAUUACAGCAGGCAGCGCAGGCAUGGAGUCGGGCCCGGCAAGGCGCGGAGGGCGCAGCGCCCGCUGCGGGCACGGGCCAGGCAGUUAGCAGCAGCGGAGGUGGGAGCGGGGUCAGCGGCGGGGGACGCCUUUCUUGGACGCACACGAGCGGUGAGGCUCAGGGCAAAUUCAGCAGGGUGCCAGGCACGCUCGCAUAUGUUGAUGGUGGGGCAGCAGCGUCGGUGGCAACAGGCCUUGAUCGCGAGGCCUCGGCUGAGGAGCUGUCUUGGACCAGCGGCCGGCCGCGUUCGGGGCUCAGCCCCGCACACAGUGGUACUGGCAGCGGUGGUACCGGCCACACCCUGCUGGCGAGGCGCCCCCAGCUGCUUGCAGCAAUUCCAGCCAGUGGCACGAACAGCAGCGCAGUCGCCAGCCCCGGCGGCGGCACGCCUCCAGGCAUCGCGGCUGGGGCCGGCGCUCGCCUCGUGUCACCACACGGCUCCACGACCACGUCGCCUUCCGGGGCGGCGGCGGCAUCGUACACGACCCAGCCGCUCACACUCCCUCGCAUCGGCGGACUGCCUGCAUCAGCCGCUGCCAACGCGGGGGCAGGCAUUGGGCCGGGACCGGGCGCGGGAGGCCGAUGAGACUGCGGGUAGUGUCCGCGUGCUUGGCGCGGGACUGGCACACGCGCUGGAAUGAUGGUGCUGUGUGUUGAGGCUCGCCAGGGCAACCUGACGAGACCUGUAUAUUGAGUUAUGACUGGAGGGCGCUGCACAGGAAACGUAAAUUGCUGCAACCGGGAUCCCGGGCAGAGGCAUAACAAAGAAUGAACACGCAGGUUUGGACGUGGAGGGGGGCUCGGUCUAAGGAAUGUGCAUGUAUAUAUUCAACCUUUAUAUAUCGAUUUGGGGUGGUGGUUCGUAUGGUCAACCCAGGUCGUGGUUGUGCCUAGCUGUGCUGACUGAGCAAGCCAGGCCGUGCGAUGGGACUGUGUUAAGGCAGGGCAAGUGACCGGGUGGGGUUGUGAACCGAGUCGGCGCCUUCGGCUCGAAACCA